AUGAGCACUUACAGAAGUUCUUCAACAAGAAGGGGGAGUUUCGACGUGCCGGACUCGGCGCGCUCAUCUGGGAAACCCUCCACCUCACUUCCCUCAUCGGCUCUGACUGUCACGGCUCUCAACAACAAUGCACCGUCUUCUCAAGCAAUUGGCAUACUCGUUAUGGGGCUUACCGGUGCUGGCAAAAGUACCUUUAUCUCACAAGUCACGCAGAAAAGUGCAGAUAUCGGGCAUUCGCUAGAAUCUUGUACAACUGAUGUCACCUUUCGAACAUUGCAACGAAAGAACGGCCAGGAAAUAUAUCUUAUCGACACACCAGGCUUCGAUGAUACCAAAUUGGAAUAUGCGGCAGUCUUCCGAAAGAUUGCUUCAUGGAUUUGUACCUACUGCGAUGGCAAUAGGCGCGGCCUUCGUAUAGGUGGAAUGAUCUAUGUUCAACGGAUAACCGACAUGCGAAUGUCAGGAUCUUCUCUCAAAAGCCUCCGAAUAUUCGAAAAGAUUUGCGGCGAGCGAAAUUUUCGGGAUGUUGUGGUCGUAACGACUAUGUGGGGGUCCUUGAAGACGAAUGAAGCACGAGAUGCCGCAGUGAUGCGCAUGAAGAUGAUGGAGGAAAGACCAGAGUUUUUUGGCAACUUGAUAAGAGGUGGAGCUAGGAUGGAGAAAAGCCAGGGUGAUGGUCAGAACGGUGUUCGUAUCGUCGAACUUCUGGCAGAUAGGCGAAAAACGGUGGUGUUACAGUUACAACACGAAAUGAGAGGUGGCAUGAAACUGGAAGGAACGACAGCGGGCAGGUACCUGGAAGGUGAGCUUGUGCAUACACGUGAAAGAUACGAGGCGCAGAAACGAGAGCUAGAAGAGUGCGCUGAGGAAGUUCAUGAUGAUGAUGAUCUCAGAAGCGAGUUCCUCGAGCAAAUCGAAGACUGCACUCGCCUUGUGAACAACAUUGUGGACGAUCAAGGGAGUCUCUCCGUCACACUCGAAGAUAUGUGGAACGAGCAAGCGGUGAGCUGUGGAGCGGGUCGCGACGACCAGGCCGAGGACGCUACGCAAGAAAACACUUCCGCCCACAUCGUUAAACUUGAGCACAAGAUUCAAGGGCUUGAGAGAAAAAUUGAAGCGCAGCGCGAUGAUCUCGACGCACAACGUGAAGAAAUCGAGAGGAUUGAGGCGGCUAGUAAGGAGAUCGCAGAAGCUAAGGAACGCGACCAAGUCGCGCGUACUAAAGUGAAAGAGAGGCGAGCGCCUCAUAAUGAGGCUAUUCUGUGGAUGCAAAACUUCUUUGCUGGGAGACGCCCCGAAAACUUUGUACAGCCGCCACGUCGAGCUGACUCCAUGCCGUUGGAAACGAAGGCGUCUAGAAAGUCUAGCAUAACGUCCUGGCAAAAGCGAAGCCGAUCGAAGAGCCGCCAGAGUCGCAAGCCCGACAAUAUGCGCACAUAUUCAGAAGAGCAAACAAAGCAACUCUUUUUCUUCAUCAAUUGCAUCAAUACCAUAGCAGCUAUGAAGGACAGAGUGGACAGUCCUCAUCGUGAGGUACCUGUCAUUCCAGAUUUGAAACCUGACGACAUCAUAAUCGCUGUGAUGGGUAUAACUGGUUGCGGCAAAACCACCUUCGUUAAUCUGUUCUCUGAUCGAAAGCUCGAGGUUGGACAUGGACUGGACUCAUGUACCGUAUCAGUGCAAGUCGUGCCCUGCACAUUCGAAGGUGGCGCAAAGAUUUAUCUUGUCGAUACUCCGGGUUUCGAUGACACAUAUCGCACCGACUCUGAAAUCCUGCGAGAAGUCGCGCUUUGGCUGAACAAGGCACACUCUGAGAAAUUGCGACUAGCAGGAAUAAUCUUCCUACAACGGAUAUCAGAUGUACGAGUAGGCGGUAGCGGAAUCAAGAACAUCAGAAUGUUCCAAAAGUUAUGCGGUGAUGGUCCGCUUGCGAGUGUGGUAUUAGCGACCACAAUGUGGGAUAUGGCUACAAAAGACGCUGCAAUUCAACGAGAAAAGGAGUUGAAAGAACAACCACAACUUUGGAAAAAGAUGAUAGAUCAUGGCAGUGUCGUUUUCCGUCACGACAAAAAAGAAGCGUCAGCGCUCAAGAUCAUUAAAUAUCUGAUGAAAAAGAAGAGACCCGUCACGCUCGACAUCCAGCGCGAGAUGGUCGAUGAGAAGCGCGAACUGAUCGAUACGGGCGCUGGCGAAGCGCUAGCAUCGAACAUGGAAGCGCUCAUCAAGCUAUAUGAAGGAAAAUUGAGGAAUCUAGAACAGGAAUUCAGAGAGGCCCGCAAGGAGGACCGAGAAAUGUUGGAAGAGCAAAAAAGAGAACAUGAGGAAAGUCUUGCAAAGCAGCGAAGAGAGAUGGAGAAGCUACAUGUCAACAGGUUGCAGCUUAUAGAAGAAGAGAAGAAGCGAUUUGAAGAGAGCCAGAGGGAAGCUAAAGAAGAGAUGCAACGUGUUAAAGAGAAUUUUGCGGCAGAACUUGGAAAGCAGAAGAAACACAUAAGAGAGCAGUACAUUCGGGAAAUGCAACGCUGUAAUGUAAUGUAG